AUGGCGAGACGACGUACAAAAAAGAGAACCCAUGUCGGCGCAAACAACCCGGCAACCCCGGCUGCCGUCAAUGGCCAUGCCAAUCCGCGGGACCCCAAGAGCAUGGUGAUUCGAAUUGGUGCUGGCGAGGUUGGAACCAGCGUCAGCCAGUUGGCCGCCGAUGUUCGUCGAGUGAUGGAGCCCGGGACCGCGUCGCGUCUCAAAGAGCGGAAGGCAAAUAGGCUACGAGAUUAUGUUACGAUGUGCGGCCCGCUUGGAGUAACUCACCUCCUUUUGUUUUCGCGAUCCUCAUCGGGAAACACCAACCUGCGACUGGCCGUGGCGCCCCGUGGUCCUACAUUUCACUUCAGGGUCGAAAAGUAUUCUCUGACGAAGGAUGUCCGGAGGGCACAGAGGCAUCCUAAAGGAGGCGGCAAAGAAUUUAUAACACCGCCCUUGCUAGUCAUGAAUAACUUCACCAAUCCUUCCUCCGACGCGAAUUCAAAAGUCCCUAGACAUCUUGAGUCCCUCACCACUACCGCCUUCCAAUCACUCUUCCCACCAAUCAACCCCCAGACAACGCCGCUCAAGUCGAUUAGGAGAGUGUUGCUCCUGAACCGAGAGCAGUCCCCCGAAGACGACGGAACAUUCAUCUUGAAUUUCAGGCAUUACGCCAUUACCACUAAAGCGGUGGGACUGUCGAAGCCGCUGAGGCGGCUCAACGCUGCCGAGAAGCUGCUCAAAUCCAAAAAGGGGAAGAAGGGUGGUCUUCCAAACCUUGGAAAUCUACAAGACAUAUCCGAGUUUAUGAUUGGCGGAGAGAACGGGGAUGGGUACCAGACCGACGGGACAAGCGGUAGCGAGCCUGAGACGGAUGCUGAAGUCGAAGUUCUCGAGACGACCACGAAGAAGGUCCACAGCGGCAAGCCCAGAGCUACUGGGAAACAAGACAGUGACGAUGAAGAUGCCGGCGCCAACGACAAUGUCGAGCGACGCGCGGUGAAGUUAGUAGAGCUGGGACCGCGCAUGCGGCUGCGCAUGACCAAGGUGGAGGAAGGGCUCUGCUCGGGCAAGGUCAUGUGGCAUGAGUACGUUCACAAGACGAAGGAGGAGAUCAGGGAGCUGGAAAAGAGAUGGGAGCAGCGCAAGAAGGAAAAGGAGGCCCGCAAGAAGCAGCAAAAGGAGAACGUGGAGAAGAAACGCAAGGCGAAGGAGGCCAAUAAAAAGUCGGGUGGCACCGAGGGAGACAAAGAUGAUGACGAGAUGGAUAUCGACGACUACGACAGCGACAUGUACGACGAGGACGCGUUUGACAGUGAAGGGCUCGAGGGUGAUGCUGAAGAGCAAGUCAAUGCCAAGAUGGAAGAGGACGGAGAUUGGGAGAGCGAGGAAGAAGAGAUUGCCAAGGGCAACAAAAGUUCCAAGAAGAAAGCUCUCAAGAGCUGA